CCUGCUAGGACCGACUCCCUGAAGAAGUGUCGUGGGCACUUCUGCAAAAACUUCGACCACGAAAAGUGCGGAACCACCGUCCAUUAUAUAGAGUAGACUUGAGACGCGAUUUUCGUGAAUUGAAAAUGAAUCGGUUUUAAGUGACUUUUUGUGUGGCGUCGGUUUCAGCUGCCGUUUGGAACCUGAAGAUUCUUGGAUUUUUGUUUGGAAUAGGCGAAAGGUUCAAAAACAAUAACAAAAAUGUUGGAGCUAACAAAGAAACUAGCUUUCCUCUACCAACCGUACGUCUUGGCGAUAGUGUCCAUCGGCUACGUGGUCGGAGAACUGGGACACUACAUGAUAGGCGUGACGAGCAAAGCGAUAGCUAUGGACCUCCAUUUCGGCGACAUCACGUGCCAACUCAACACCACCGAAUAUUUCAUAAGCGAUUUGCCCAUUGCUUGCUCGGAAGCCAACAACUCGGAGACGUGUUUGUCUUACAACAUCAACGGGACCCCGUAUUGCGAGUGGAACUACAACGGUCUUGGUAUCGAUUACCAAGUGCUCGCCGGACCUAGUUUCAUUGCGGUGUUCACCAUUGUGGGCGUUCUCAUGGGGUAUUUGGCCGACAAAUUCAACAGGGUCAAAAUGUUGGGAGGCUGCACGGUGAUCUUCUCCAUCGCCAUUAUCCUCAGCGGCGGCGUCAACGAGUUUUGGCAACUCGUCCUGCUUCGCAUGAUAAUGGCAGCUGGCGAGUCCGCGUGCAAUCCCCUUGCGACCGGUAUCCUCUCCGACAUAUUUCCGGAAGAGAAAAGGGCUCUGGUGAUGUCCAUAUUCAACUGGGGCAUCUACGGCGGAUACGGUAUCGCAUUCCCUGUUGGUAGAUAUGUACCACCCAUGAACACCUUGGGAUUGGGCUGGAGGAUAUGUUACUACUCGUCGGGCAUAGUUGCCCUUAUCGUGGCAUUUUUGACGUGGUUUACUCUGAAGGAACCCGAGAGACAGUCGAUCGGUGAAGAUGCCGCUGCUCAGAAUGACCCCAAUGCGAAAAAAGUGACUAUUUGGACCGUGAUGAGUGAACCCAGAAUCAUCAUGCUCUGUCUAGCAGCUUCAAUCAGACACUGCGGAGGGAUGUGUUUCGCGUAUAACUGCGAUCUGUUCUACCAAAUGUAUUAUCCCGAUUACGAUUUGGGUUGGUGGCUGUUUGCGGUUACUAUUAUAGUAGGCAGCAUCGGCGUGGUCGUGGGGGGCGUGGUCUCUGACAAAUUCGUCGCCAAAAUGGGCAUACGAUCCAGGGUAGUAAUCCUGGCGGUUAGUCAAAUCUGUGCGACGCCAUUCGCCUUCGGCAGCGUCUAUUUCUCACCAGUGGGUGCCAUGAUCACUCUCGGAGUAUCCUAUUUCUUCGCUGAGAUGUGGUUCGGCAUAUUGUUCGCCAUCUUGGUCGAGAUCGUGCCCCUCCAUGUGCGCUCCACUACAGUCGGAGUGUUUCUCUUCGUGAUGAACAACGUGGGAGGCAAUCUUCCCAUUGCCGUGGAACCGGUGUCCAAAUCGAUCGGUUACAGAGAGAGCUUGUACAUAUUCUACGCGGGAUUUUACGGAAUUAGUUCGCUCAUGUUCCUGAUGACCGUUUUCUUGAUGCCCGGAGCGGGAGACUCGGACAACAGUCCGCCGCCCACGAAAGAGCUUAACGGUGUCGACAAUGUGGUCUUUACACCGGAAGAGACCAACUUGCCGACAAUAACGGCGCUAGUCAGAAACACCAAAAGAAACGGGAACGAGAGCAGCAGACUGUAGAGCGAUCGCAAGUAGGCAGGGCGCGCCUCUUGGGUGCGUUGAUUGUUAUCCCCCCUUCCCCAUCAAAUAUUUUAAGUGAAUUGGACAACGAAAGUAGUUUUAAAAAUAAGAAAUACGCAAAUUUGAAAUAAUUUAUGGGUGAAAUUCACACCGGAUCCAGGCGCGCCCCUGGAAUUAUGAAAUGAUGGAAGCGGAUAGUUAAAUUAAUGGAAAAUAAUGGAUUAAUACGUUAAGAAUCUGUGCUGAUGUUCACUUUUUUCUUUGAAGAUAUUAUUGUUGUGAUAUGACGAAGUUUGUUACGUUUUUCUAAUUAGGGCGGUGUACAUACUAUUUUUAUAUUAGAAGAUUAGGUAUUGCCCUAGGUCGCUUAAAUAUAUAUUUUUUGUAGAUCCAAUGCGAUAUGCUAAAAAAUUAAUAAAAUUUGAUUUUAACUAGU